CGGCUGUGCCGGCCUCCUCCACAGUUGGAGGGAGGCAGGGAAUCCGGCUGGGUUGGCGUGCCGAGACGCACCUGGCGCAACCCUCCCUUCUGAAUCGAAAUUCAAGUCCCGCGGACACUGCAACCAUGAAAGAGAGACGGGCCCCCCAGCCAGUCGUGGCCAGAUGUAAGCUCGUUCUGGUCGGGGACGUGCAGUGUGGGAAGACCGCGAUGUUACAAGUGUUAGCGAAGGAUUGCUAUCCGGAGACCUAUGUGCCCACCGUGUUCGAAAAUUACACAGCCUGUUUGGAGACAGAGGAACAGAGGGUGGAGCUUAGUCUCUGGGAUACCUCAGGAUCUCCCUACUACGAUAAUGUCCGUCCACUCUGCUACAGCGACUCGGACGCAGUAUUACUAUGUUUUGACAUCAGCCGUCCAGAGACAGUGGACAGCGCACUCAAGAAGUGGAGGACAGAAAUCCUAGAUUAUUGUCCCAGUACCCGCGUUUUGCUCAUUGGCUGCAAGACAGACCUGCGAACAGACCUGAGUACUCUGAUGGAGCUGUCCCACCAGAAGCAGGCGCCCAUCUCCUAUGAGCAGGGCUGUGCAAUAGCCAAGCAGCUGGGUGCAGAAAUCUACCUGGAAGGUUCGGCUUUCACCUCAGAAAAGAGCAUCCACAGCAUCUUUCGGAUGGCUUCCAUGGUGUGUCUGAACAAGCCUAGCCCACUACCCCAGAAGAGCCCUGUCCGAAGCCUCUCCAAACGACUGCUCCACCUCCCCAGUCGCUCUGAACUCAUCUCUUCUACCUUCAAGAAGGAAAAGGCCAAAAGCUGUUCCAUUAUGUGAAGUGGAAAUUGGAGGGGGGAGACAACCCCCUACUUCCUCCCUUGGGGUGCAGAGGCACGGGGAGAGGGAGGAUGAGACAAUUUAGGACACUGGACAUGAGUUUUUCAGAUGGCCACGGUGAGGGCUUGGAAGGAGACAGGAAUGGGGCGAGGAAGGAGCCAGGCCCGGCAUGAGGACCUGAUGCUGAGAUAGAACCAUCAUACCCCAAGCUAGGCACUAGGUUGUGGAGGGGGCGGCUACCCCAGUGCCCCCCCGCUCCAGAGGAAGGAAAGCUGUGGGGGACGGGGGGGCAUGCUGGCCUCCUGGGCUUGGAGGCCUACAGCAGCCUCACCUUCAGCAUCAUGCCUCUUCCACACAGCGUUUCCAUGCAGGCCAGGGGAUGGGAGGGGUCCCAGAGCCCUUCCCUUCCCCUCUAAGGAGGCAGCAGUUGAACAGAGUGGGGAAGCCGAGUGGCAGCUCCCUUGGGGGUUUAGCCCAGGUGCUUCGUAAAUGCAAUCGGAAGUGCAGGAGCUGGUCAGAGCCAAUGAGAAGGAAACCUCAUCUUUGCAUAGCCCAUGCCUCAUGGAGAGGUGACAUCAUACAUUCACAUGCUUCUCACCUAAGUCCCCAGGGUCCAAGGGAGAAGCCCCAGACCCCCUUCUCUUGCAGAGUGUGGGGGUGGUGGUGCUGCAGGGGCAGGGCUGGGUGGGGGUCACCAGACUUUUUCUGCCCUUAGGGCAGUACAGCUGGCAUUUGUUUUAUAGACUCUUGUCUUUGGAAUUGGGGGGAGGGGGGAGUGUUUCAAUCUGUUAUAUGUUCUGUGUUUAAUGAAGAAAACCUAUUUAUUAAUGAAAAAUAUAAUACAUAUAAAGAGUUUGGCUCCGCA